ACAUCCAAAUGUAUUCUUUUUAACACCUCACUCAGUCCACGAAACAUGAAGAUGCCGGCCUGGUCCAUUUUGGUUGUGCUGCUGAUAUCGCAUUUUAAUGUUUUUGCCAUUCCUGAAAGACCCAAAUUAGAAAGUCGAAUCCUUGGUGGAUCAUCGGCGACAAUUUCACAAGUGCCUUACCAGCUUUCUCUGCGUGAUAAUGGAUCCCACUUUUGCGGAGCCGCGAUUUUAAACUCCGAAUACGCGCUCACAGCGGCGCACUGCAUUGACCCAUCAAUUGAGCUCAGCAGAGUACAGGUGGUGUCUGGCGCUACGUUUCUGAAUGCUGGCGGCUCUGUUAGCGCAAUUCAGUCCGUCGAGGUUCACCCAAACUACAACCGGAAAACGAUGGACUAUGAUAUCGCCGUUAUUAAAGUUCGACAGCCAUUCACGAUGAGUGCAAGCGUUGCACCGAUUGCCUUACCAAGGGCUGGACUUGUAGCGUCACCUGGCGCCGAUGCUGUCAUUUCUGGAUGGGGAGUUUCCACUGCUGGUGAGGAUGAAGACAUCCCUAAUGAACUUCAACGUGCGAAAAUCUCAAUCUCGAACUUCAGGCGGUGCAAAUUACAAUACCUGUUCCGGGCCAGAGUACGGAUCACAGAGAGGAUGAUUUGCGCAGGAACCAGCAAUACAAUUAGCUCAUGCCCCGGAGACUCUGGUGGGGCUCUCGUUGUGAAUAAUGUUGAAGUGGGAAUCACCUCGUUCGGCCCUGGACCUUGUGGAUCGAGCCAGUUGCCAGGAGUUUACACAAAUGUCGCUGACCCUGAGCUGAGACAAUGGAUUUCUUCAAAAACUAAUGGUCUUUGAUUGAAUACAGAAAAUGAUUAUUUAAAAUAUUUAUAUCAAUAAAGCAUAUAUUAUUUAUUUAUUCGCUAAAA